UAGUUUACUUAUUAAAGAUAUGAAAAUAAUCAUUCUCACUGUUCUCACGUCCACACGCUUGUUUACAUCACUUGCAUACAUGUGAAAAUUUUUGCUGCAGAUCCGCUUACAUAUUUAAAUAAUUCAGUACAAAUUGAAACUUCAAUAGUUUCUUCACUUAAUAAAUUAGUUGACAAUACAAAAGUCUUGUGUUAAAUCUUUAAUUUCAACAUGGCACCGAGCAAUGACCACCUCUCAUCUCAAAUCAAACUCACACUGCAACACUUCAUUAAAGCCAAGAUGAUCUUCUUUUGGACCCAGUUACCCUCAACAAGAAAAAUCCAGCAGUACUUUCCCGACGUGGAGGAUCCCUCAGAUAUCGAACAGAUUGAGAAAUUCUUUAGAGCAUCACGGAUCUUCUUCUAUGCCAAAAUUAGACAGGUGGCUCGCGCCUUAUUCGCCCAGAAGCCACACGCGCAUUACAACGCCAUCACGAUUCGUGAGGAUUACAAAUUUUACAAAUUGCUGAGCUAUUAUUUCGACCCACUUCGAAGUAUUAAACCUCCCGAAGAGUUCCGCUGCACGGUCAUUCAAUCCAUUCAGGAUUACUUUGUCGCGCUGCAGACGGGAGUGGAAGACGAGUCGGAAUUUAUGAGAAGGGUUGGACAGGCUAUGAUGCAGAUAGAGAAAGAUCCCCCAGAGUGGUUACAAUCCAGAGAUUUCAUGGAAUUUGUGCAUCCUGAAGGUGACCCACCGAGUCGCUAAGAUUUCAAGGUGAUGGACCAAUUGGGCAGAUGGUGGAUUUUUUAAUGAGUGGACUAACUUUUAUAAUGGGUUUUAAUGAAUAGUACAAUUGCUGUGUGGAAAUAUGCAGUAGCCAUUCUCAAAUAAUAUCCGGAUCCCAGCCACCGAUUACGGUACAUAAAUUUGUAAAAAAAUUAGUUGGCACUUGAAAUUAGUUAAUUAAUCCGGAUUGAUUUUCAAAAUUAAGGAUUGAGAAUUUUGAAAAUUGUGUUGUUGCAAUAAAGCUCAGAUAUUAUCAUUUAUCCAUAAAAAAAUUGAUGGAUUGAUUUUGGGAGAUAUGAGACGCUGUAUGUAAAUGUAUAAAUGAGUAUUAGUCUAAAUUUAUGUUUGUAUCUAUAUUCGUGACGACUUGUCUUGGAAACAAUUUCUUGGAAACUGGGGAAACCUUUGCCUUCUGAGAAUUUGUUCUUAUUCAUGAUUUCAUACACACAUUAAAUGUGACACAUAUUUUUUCUACCUGACUCCAGGAAGCGAUAUGGUUGUCUUUCACAAUUCUAACACACCUCAAUAAUUUUUAGUUUACUUAAAGAUAUGAAAAUAAUCUUUCUCACUACUCUGAUGUCCACACGCUAGUUCACAUCACUUACAUACAUGUGAACACACUCGCAUUUGUUGCAGAUUCACUUAAUAUUUAACUGAGCAGAUACUAAAAAUUCAAGUUUUACACCAUUUAAUAAAUUAUUUGACACUCAGCCCCUGUCAUCAACUCCUUAAUUUGACCAUGGCACCGAGCAACAACCACCUCCCACCUCAAGUAAUCAAACUCACGAUGCAACACUUCAUUAAAGCCAAGAUGAUCUUCUUUUACACCCAGUUUCCUUCAACGAGAUCAAUCCAGCAGUACUUUCCCGACGUGGAACACCCCUCAGAUAUCGAACAGAUUGCGAAAAUCUUUGAAGCGUCACGGAUCUUCUUCUACGCCAGAAUUGAACAGACGGCUCGCACCAUAUUCGGCCUGAGUCCACGUGCGCAUUACAGCGUCAUCACGAUUCCCACGCAUUUCAACCUGUACAAAACGCUGCACUAUUAUUUCGACCCGCUUCGAAGUACAGAACCUUCCGAGGAGUUCCAGCUCAAAGUCACUCAAUCCACUCGGGAAUACUUUAUCGCGCUGCAGAAUGGAGUAGAUGCGUCGGAAAUUGAAAGCAGGGUUACACGGGCUUUGAAGCAGAUAGAAGAAGAUCCCCCAGAGUGGUUACAAUCCAGAGAUUUCAUGGAAUUUGUGCAUCCUGAAGGUGACCCACCGAGUCGCUAAGAUUUCAAGGUGAUGGACCAAUUGGGCAGAUGGUGGAUUUUUUAAUGAGUGGACUAACUUUUAUAAUGGGUUUUAAUGAAUAGUUACAAAUUUAUGUGUUUAACAUAAUCUUAUCAUAUCUACAUACGUAGUCUAUAGACAAUUUUAGAAAUAAUUUACUUUGAGCAUUUAUUAUUUUGUAUUUUGUUAUUUUUAGUACCUAUUGCCAUAGAAAAUACCUUUUUAAGAUGGAUAAUAGUUUUGCGAACUAUGUUUUGCAAUAAAGAAGUACUUAACAUGUUUUUUGCAA